AUGAGCCUCAACCACACCAAACGGAUCAAGGAUCCGUUACUUGGGCAUGGCCUCGUCUCGACCGAGGCUCUCGAGCCGGGGGAUAGGAUUAUCCAAAUUAAAGACCCCUAUCUCAUCGUAGUAGAAAAGGACGCCCUUGACAGGGUUUGCUCCUACUGCCUCGCCGAAAACGAUAUCUCGGCCUUAAAACGCUGCACAGGAUGUAAAAUUGUGCGUUACUGCUCGUCAACAUGUCAGAAAUCGGACUGGAAACUCAUACACAAAAGCGAAUGUCCAGUUCUCGGCAAACUUCCUGGACUUCCACCAACACCGGUACGGGCGCUGUAUCAAGCACUGGUGCGGUAUUCGAAAUCUGGAGAUUUGGAUGAGAGAUCGAAGGGUCUCGAAAGCCAUAUUGAUGAGUUGAAGAAAGAUCAGAGGAGAUGGGAGGAUAUGUUUUUGCAGGCGAGAGCUGCUGUUGAGUUUUCUAAGAGUCCUCCGGCGAAGAUGGAAAUGUGUACAAGAUUACUGUGUAUCGUAAGUCAAGGCCAUCAGAUCAUAAGAGAUUAUCUAAUGAUGUAUAAGAUGGCAACCAACGCGUUUAGAGCAACUCUACCAGACGACACUCCAAUCGGAUUGUGCUACGAACCCACUCUUGCUCUCGCUAAUCAUUCUUGCACUCCAAAUGCAUAUAUCAUGUUCGAUGGCCGGAGUAUCUCACUAAUAGCUCUAGAUUCCAUUGAGCAAGACGAGCAGUUGUUUAUUUCCUAUGUGGAUUUCACCCAGAGCCGGGAUCUUCGAAGGGCAGAAUUACGCCAACGAUAUUUUUUCCAGUGCGAAUGCAAGAAAUGUACUGAUGACUUAAACCCAUAUCAAAUUCUCAUUCAAACCCCAGUCGCUCCAUCGCCAAAAUUCGAUCUUUUCGUGGAUCGGAAAUCUCUAGUAGAUCAUGCUAGGUCAAGAACCACCACUCUUACUCACCUAGAUACUUCAACACUCACUCAAUCCUCUCAGAAGGUUUAUACGAUAUUGGACCAAACCCGCUCAACCGCAUCUCCUCAAGCAAAGCUCAAUCUCCUUAAACAGGGCCUCCACUUCCUAUCUCAGUUCCACACCAACGCCCUCCACGCACUCCCACCUUACCCAACCCUCCUCGACGAAGUUUACCUCCUUUACAUAGACACUUCGUAUCUUCCUGCCGCUCUCAUCCUUUUACUCUUCACAUUCCUCAACUGCGAUGUGUACAACUGGCCACAACCACACCAUCCUGUACGCGUCACUCGCUUGUUCACCAUAGCACGGUUGUUGAAAUACGCAGCAUCACUACAACUUGAAGAUCUGACAUCGAGUUUGCCCACAGUACCGUCUGAGGUCUUGCAAAGUGUGGAUUUCAUAGAUGCGGUACACGUAGUUCUUGUUUUAGUCGAUGACCUUGGAAGGAAAAGUCAUGGAGCAGACUCUAGAUUUAUGGUACAGGUCGCUGAGGAAUUGAAAGAGGUUGAGGAGGUGCAGAGACUCAGAGGGGAUUCGGGGAGGGCGAUUCGAGGAUGGCAAAGUGGCAAUUCUAACGAGAGUAUGAAGGUUGUGGAGAGUGUGCUUAGCGGUCUACGUCUUUUGGCGGGAUAUGCGGUGAAUGUUGUAAAGAGUUUGGAAGUUUGA